UCUCCAGUAAAUUCCAAUUCUUGUCUUACCCACACACUGACACAUAAAUAAAACACGAGUUUCUGCGUAUGUGUUUGUGUUCUUUCAUUGAUAUCGAGAGGUCCUAUAAAGUGAUGAGCUUUUUCUGAUUUUUCCUCAUUCAAAAUUUUGCACUUUUUUUUUUCUUGUUUCCAUCAGACCUAUAGAAAUUUUGAGUUUUUUUUUUUUUCUGGUCUUUCCGUAAAACACAAGAUUUGUGACAUGGAUGCAAUUUCAUCUCUUGGAACCAAUCAUAGGGUCUCUGGGUUUUUUCCAUCCUCUCAGGAGAACACAUCAAAAUCGAUACUUUCUUCUCCGGUUAUGAGCCUUGCUUUGAAGGAACAUCUCAUGGUUUCAACAGAUUUCACCAACCAUUCCCUUACUACUGCCUUGUCCUCUUCUUCCUCUGUGGCUCCUGUUCAGGUUCAGGUAAAGACAUCAUCAAUUGGCAUGAGUAGAGGAAUGAGAUGGUGGGAAAAGUCAACGAAACACAACAUGUUUGAGAUUCAGUCUGCUAAUCAUCUUGUUGACUCUUUGUUAAACGCUGGAGAUAGAUUGGUUGUUCUUGAUUUCUACUCUCCUGGUUGUGGUGGCUGCAAAUCUCUCCACCCAAAGAUCUGUCAAUUGGCUGAAUCAAACCCAAAUGUCAUGUUUCUCAAAGUGAAUCAAGAAGAGCUUAGGACAAUGUGUCAUGGCCUUAACGUUCAUGUGCUUCCUUUCUUUAAGUUCUAUAGAGGAGCAGAGGGUAAAGUCUGUAGCUUUAGCUGCACUAUUGCCACCAUCAAUAAGUUCAGGAAAGCUUUGGAUAAGCACGGGAACGAAAGAUGCAGUCUCGGGCCAGCAAAGGGAUUAGACGAGAAGGAACUGGCGGCUUUAACAUUGGUUGGGGAAAUAAAAAUGAAUCUGAACUCUUUGAGACAAUACCAAAGUAACAACUUCGGUUAUAAAACAGAUGAACACUAUGAAAAAGUGAUGCUAUGAAAUAUGAAUAGAUGAUCUUUCAUUACGGUUCUUGAAUUGUAGAUAUUAGUAUUCAUUGUGAUUGGAUUUGAAGUUAUUUUCCAUUAGUCAUUAUUACAAGCCAUGGCAAUUUCGAUUAUCAACUCCUAAGAGUGAUAAUCGAUAAUCUUUUGCGA